GGUAAUCAUACUUCUCGUUUUUUUGCCUACGAAAGUUGUGGGACAUCGAUACAUGACCGAACCAAUGAAAACAUAUAAGAGUCCAGGGAAUGCGUAUCUCUAGCUGCGCGAUGGCGGCGGGCCAUGCAGGUUUGCGCUGCCUCCGUCACAGACGUCGAGGUCAAGGGGCCGGAAGCGACAAGUGGAUGUCGCUGAGCUAUGGCCCGAACCAUAAGAGUUUGAGGCUGCAAGAGAGGUAUGGGAGCCGGAUGAUGUUAGAAGGAGCGGAGCUGAUCAAUUCGCCGAUUGCGGCGCAUUUAACAGGUCCGACGGGCGGGCAGAUUGUGACGGAAAGGAACGGGGCUUUUGGCGCGCUGGAGUGGUUGAAUGUUGGUAUGUAGGAUUCCACCUCAAGUCUCAUGCUGAUUUAUCGAGAAGAGGUCGUGUAGAUGACGUAGGAAAUACUCGUGGAUCUCAUACUACUCUUUUUUCUCGCUUGCUUGAAAACAUAUCCGGG